CGCUACAGGUACWCCGUGCAGAACGAUAGCAAGAGCUGAGAGGUAGAUUAUAUCUAUCAACAUCAAGCCUAUUUUUACGCCAUCCAUCGAAAAUGGAUGCAGUAGAGUAUAGUAUAGGCGUUAAUAAUCGUUUCAAACUUUUGGAGGAGGACGAAGAUCAAACGGAUGUUGUCCAGGAUUCAGAGAAAUCCUCGAAAGAUAAAAAGGAGAAGAAGGCUAAAAAUGUACGAUCUGUCAAAGACGCCAAACCUCAGCAAACCAAGAAGGAGAAAGAGGCAGUUAAUGAGGAGACGAGAAAAGAUGCUCAAAACAAGAAGGGCGGAAGGGUCGCCAAGGAUGGAGUGAAGCGAGAGAACGAGAARAACACGAAACUCUCAAAUGGUCCACGAGAAGAUCGGGAAAACAUUCCUCCUCGAGGCAAAGGAGGUUUUAACCGAAGGAAAGACAAUGAAGGAACACCAGAGGGCGAUUCUCCUGCCAAGGACGAGAAGAGAGAAGAUCGCGGUGGAACCAGCAUGGGGGGAUUUAGUAACAGAGGAAGAGGUAGAGGAGGCAACGUUGGCCGAGGUAGAGGUGGCUUUGGAGGUCCUAGAGGCGGUGGUCGCAAACGUGAUUUCGAUAGAAGAAGUGGUAGCGACAGAUCAGGAACAGAAGAGAGUUCUGGACUUCCUACAAGAAGGUCUGUCAAGCCUCAAGACAAGAGAGAAGGAGGCGGUUCUUUCAACUGGGGGAAUCCAACCGAUCCUCAUGAAGGAGAAGUUUUUGAUGAGAAGAAGGCAGAGUGGGAAGAACCAAGUCCUGAAGCUGAAGAAUCCAAGCCCACUACUGAUGAAGGGCAGGCGGAAGAACCUGAGGAAUCAGAAGAGCAGAGCGAGGAGACAAAAGAGAUGACUCUUGAAGAGUGGAAAGAACUUCAGGAAAAGUACCGCUCUAAGAUGUCCUUUGAGGUACGAAAACCUGGUGAAGGAGAAAAGAAAGGACAGUGGAAGAAUACCCAUGUUCUGAGCAAGAAGUCUGUUGGUGAUGAUGAUAGGCAACAGCUUUAUGAAGAAAGAAUCAAGACAUCUGGCAGAGUAAAACAAAAAGUUGAAGGCAUACAGUUUUCAUUUGUGAACUCUGAGUCACCAGAACCCAGAAGAGGAGGACGAGGCGGCCGUGGUGGYCGUGGACGUGGCGGUGGAAGAGGUGGCAGCCGUGGAAGAGGAAGAGGCGGCUUUGGAGGUAGUCRUGAUAGCGGAAAUGCUGAAUUUGCAAUCAACCAGGAAGAGUUCCCAACUCUUGGUUAGCCAAACWACUGGUAUUAUUCUCUAGAGACUAAAAUAAUUUGGUGCCGCGUCUGUACUAGAAGAUAGCAGCCAUUUGGGAGUGGGCUGUGUUGCAUUUCAGUGGCUAGGAAUUAAUCUCUGCAAAAUACUGGAUCCUACAAGAUCAUAAUGCCUAACCAGGCAUCRUCUUUA